AUGGAGCAGAUCGUGGUCUAUGAGUUCAUGGCCAUUGGCGACCUCGACCGCUGGAUCAGACCCGGCGCACCCCACCCGCUCACAAUGCAGCAGCGGUUAGCCAUCCUGACGAGCAUGGCGCGCGGGCUGGAGUAUCUGCACGGCUUCAGCAUCGUGCAUUGCGACAUCAAGCCCGCAAACGUCCUGUUGGACGCGCGCAUGCACGCCAAGCUCGCUGACUUUGGGCUGGUGCGACUUGGGGAAGGUACAUUUGUGGCCGCUACCCGAGUCAUGGGCACGCCGGGCUAUGUGGACCCCACUUACUACCGCUCCCACAAGGCCACUCCCAAGGCCGCCGUGCAUAGGUGUGGAUGA